AUGGGUCUCAAAGCUGUUGGCAUAGAUGUUGAAAAAUCCCAAUGGGAACAUGCGCAGACGUUGAACGUAUUCGAGAUGACUGAUCUGCUAGACACUAACUUCGUGACCCAAAUCCAGAAAGAUACUGGAGGUGGGGUUCAUGCUGUGACAACUCUCAGCACCAGUGUCAGAGUUCAAGAUGCUGAGCCAUCAAUCAUUCGCAUUGGUGGGAAUCUGAUGGUUGUUCCAGUGGUAAGCAUGCGAUCAAGCUUCAGCAUUAGACUUGCAUUCCAGACUUCUAACUACCAUUUCGUCAACGUCCAGACUGCACCAAACCACCUACCAAUAAUAUCAGUUACAGUUUUACUUUCACCUGUUUAA